CCCUUCACAUUCCCGGCAUCAACACCAGUCGUAGAGCAUCCCCUCGCCAUCAACCUAGCCGUCCCUCCUCCCACUGACUCCUCCUCCUCCCCCUCCUCCUCCUCUUUCUAUCUCCCCCACGCCCCUCUCAUCCACCACCUAGUGCAUCACCUCCCUCUCUUCCUCCCUCUCGCUCCUCUCCUUCCAAGCCUCAUGGCCCAAGGGGCUCGAUUCCUCGUGCAAGAUCGCAAGUGGCUUCACAUGCUAGCACCCCAUUUCUUGGGCAGUCAUCCACUCCAGGCCACGCUGCUGCCUCAGCCUGACGAGCCAGCCCACCUGCACUUCGCCCAAAGACUGAUUCUGCCCUGCUUCCAGCGCUGCAACCGUCCCUCCCCAGCGCUCCUCUCCUCGCUGCGCUCUCACCACCUCCUCCCCCCCGCGGGUCUCCCCCUCUUCUACGCCAACUGGACGCUCCGCCGCCCGCCACCUGUCCCGCUCCCGCCACCUGGUGGCCCUGUCUCUGCUGACGUGGCGGCUGACGUGGCAGCUGCUGGAGGAGGGGUGGCGGGUGACGUGGACGGGGAUGGAUUCGCGGGGGUGAGGAAGAUGGUUGGGGAGGACUGGGUGGUGGUGGUGGCGGUGCCACCUGGCGCGAUGCUAUUGGAUAGAAUGGAGGAGAUGGUGGAUGAGAUGAUUCAAGAUAACUGGUGGCAUGGCCGGGUGGUGUACUUUCGAGGAGGCAUGGGCGUGGAGGAAGCCAGGGCUCUCUUUUCGCGCAUGCUGCUCCUCAUCUCGCCGCCAGGGGAGGCUCUAGACUUCAUUCUCUUUAUGCCGCCUGCUGCUGUCGUGCUCGAGAUACAACCUUCCUCCCAUCCCUCCUCCUCCCACCGCGCUCUCUCUCACUCCCUCUCCCUCCGCCACCACACUCUCUUCUGCAAAUACCGAAAUCUUCCCGGGCAGCCCGAAAAACUCCUCUGCGAUAGACUCGCACUGACCCUCCUCAUGCAGCUUCUCUCAACCGAAGUUUUUUUCAGCCCGGCGCUGCCCGGAGGCAGCCAGGAAGAACGGGCUGCCCUGAGAACAAAUUCCAUCCCAGGAUCCCUCGUCCAUGGGCAGGCGCAGGUGAAACUUUUCAAAAACUGGGCGACGUGUGUCGGCAACAAGGGCAAGUGGGUCCGAAACCCUAAACCCCGCACCCUCCCUUGGGAUUACCGCGGGGUAAGCAACAUGUGUGAUAGAAGAUACCUCGAAUCACACCCUACUGGCAUGGCAUAUGCUAAGUAUGCUGAUGCUUAUGCCAUGAGCCCAGGGGCGAGUGAGGCGGGGUGGACGGUGCGGGAGGGGGUGAAGUACGAGUGGGUGGUUGGGCCUUCCACAUGCCCGGCGCCUCAAGUGCCCGAGGAUAUUAAAGCCUUCGAGCAAUCGGCUAAGGCACGACUUGAAAAGGCUCGGUUGGAGACGGAUGGAACGGCGGAAGCAAGAAGAGCAGCCGAAGCAGCGGCAGCUGCAGCAGCAGUCGAUCUAUCACAGCCCUGGCUGCCCUUCAACGCUUCAGUAUUCUGCGAGCGGGUGGGGCGGGGCCGGCGGAUCCUGGUAGUGGGGGAUUCGAAGCAGUAUCAGAUGGUAGAGUCUUUCCUGAACCUGAUGGCGUGGGACAGGAAGAAGCCGGCAUGGGAGAUGGUGAAACUAGAGGAUCACCCGAAGCGAUGUGUGGAUGUGCUAGGAGGGGACUCUGAGAAGAUGGCUCAUGAAUUUUGCCAGUGGUACACCUUCAACUCUUCAACCUGCCCGGGCCUAAGGGUAGACUACCUUCGCAACGACCAUAUUUCCAUCUUCGAUUCCCGGGGACCCAAUUUCGACCGCAUGCCGUGGGCUCAACCGGGCGUUGCAGACAUCCCCUCUGCAGACAUCAUCGUUUUAAAUAGAGGCCAGCACUGGACCCCGACGCCCCUCUUUGUCUCGGGUGUUGCUGCCACCGCCACCGCCUAA